AUGGAUGAAAAUAUAAAUAAUGAACACAUAUUUAAUUCUUCUGUAUUAAAUAUGGAUAAUAAUUCUGCGGAAAAUAACCAAAUUGAUAGUUCAUUAGACUCAAAAAAAAAAGUAGGUAGACCAAAAGGGGCAGCAGCAACAAACAAAGUGAUAAAAAAAGAAGAAAAAGUAUCUACUUCAUCUUCUGGUUAUCCAGGCGUUAGCUGGAAUAAACGUAUGUGCGCGUGGUUAGCUUUUUUCUAUGAUGGGGCAUCCAGAAGAAGUAGAACAUUUCAUCCCAAACAUUUUAAUAUGGAUAAAGAGAAAGCUAGAUUAGCUGCAGUAGAAUUUAUGAAAACAGUAGAAAAUAACGGUAGAAAAAAAACAACAAAAAAUAAAUCAGGAAGAAAUAAAGCAAAACAACUAAAUGAAAAUCCAUUAGCAUCAUUACAUAAUAAUAAUAGUAAUAAUUUAAAUAGUGUAAGUUCAAAUAGUAAUAAUUUACAAAUGCAAUUAAUGUCAAUGAACCCAGCAUUUUACAUGCAAAGUUUAAACAGAAAUUUUAACCUGUCAAAUAUUUCAGGAAGUGAAAGAAAUAAUUUAAAUAAUGCUUUUAACUCAUUGAACAACUCAAAUUUAAACAAUUUACCAAAAAAUAUUCAAGAUCAAAAUGCUUUAUAUAUGCAUAAUCCUCUAUUUAGCAAUAUUCAUUUAUUAAAUAAUUCUAAUAGUAACCUAAAUAAUAACAAUACGAAUAAUUCUAAUAAUAAUUUACAUUAUUUAAACGAUUUAAUUUUUCACACAAAUUUGCUACAAGGAAAUUUAGGAUUUCAUGAUAGAAAUAUUAAUAAUAGUUCAAAUGAAAUUUUGAAUUUAGAUGAAAAUUUGGGAUUGCAAAACAAAGAUGUAGAAAAUUUAAUGAAUGCUUUAUUUAGACAAAAUUAUAAUAUGAACUUAAACUUAUCUAAUAUAGAUAAGCACUUCUUACAUAAUAAUAACCAAGUUAUUAAUACGUCAACUUCUAAUAAUAGCAAUAAUAAUAACAACAAUACUACGAAUAAUAACUCUUCUAAUAGUACCAAUAAUAAUAACACCUCUAAUUCUAUUAAUAGUAAUUCCUCACAAAAUCAUCACUUAUAUUUGUCAAAUCAUAAUAAUGAAAUAUUUGAAAAUAAUAAUGAAUCAAAUAACAAUCAGUCGAACCUGUCAAAUUUUUAUGAUUAUAAUUUUGAUUUAUACAGAGGAAAUAUAUCUCCUCAUAUAUUGGAUAUGGUACAUAGAAUGAAUAAUGAAUUAAAAGAAGGAAAAAAUUUAGAAAAUAUAAAUGAUGAUACAAAUGAUUUAAAUUUUCGUUUACAUGAAAAUUCAGCAUGGAUUAAUCAAUUGAGGCAUUCUCACAAUAAUUUAUGCAACAAUUUAAAUAGCAAUCACUGUGACUUAUGCCAUACCACAUCUCCGCAACAUAAUUUAAAAAAUCAAAUAGAAAUUAAUAAAAGGAAGAAAUCUAGUUCUCUUAGUAUGAAUAAUAGAAAAAAUGAAUUACUAGAAGAAAAUGGAAAUAAUUUUGACUUGAAUUUACCUUGUAAUUGUUCUUCUCAAUUAAGAAAUCAAAAAAAUCAUUUUUGUUUGUAUUAUAACCAGUCUAAUUCUUCUUCACAAAAUGAAAAUUAUAAUUAUUUAAAUUGGAAUGGUAAUUCAAAUAAUAAUUUAAUUAAUAAUAUGGAAAAAAAUGAAGAUUCAGUAGAUAAUUCGAAUAAUAAUAGAAACAUAAAUGAUUCUAAUGUAAUAUGCUUGUCAAAUAAUAAUCAAAAUAAUUCACAUCAACAAAAUCAGAAACAUAUAUCACAAAAUAUAGAUAUGAAUCAAAAACAAAAUUCUCACUCAACACAAUAUUCUAAUAAUCAAAAUAUUCAAGAUAUUCAAAAACAAAUACACUUUCAAAAUCAGCAAAACAUGAAUACAGAUAUUCACAAUCCAUUACAUCUAGUAAAGCAAAACAGUAAUUACUCUCAAAAAAGUUUGAAUAAUAAAAAAAAAGCAUCAAAAGAUAACAGAAAGUCAUUACCUCAUCCAUUAAAUAUGCAACAGACAUCAAAAAAAAAUUCAGUUAACUCAAAUUUUUUGGAGCAUAACAAUUUAUGUACAAAAUUGAACAGCAUUAUAAAUUUUGAAUGGAUUAAUUCAGAUUUAAAAUUAAAUUCAAAUGGAAAUAAAAGCACAUUUGAUAAAGGCGAAACGUAA